CCCGAACGAAAGACCGUCUCGACUCUCCGCCCUGCUUGCCCGCAUUUUCACAUGCCACCCGCGCACGGACGGAGUCGAGCUCCAGCCGACGGUGGCUCGAUCUCCUCCUUGAACCCCGACGAUCUCCACGAUUCGGUUUAAUAGCCCAUUGCAUCCUCUCUCCAUCCCGAAUAUUGUUCUUUUCCUUUGGCCUCACAUUCUCCGUCACACGAGACCACCCAGGGGCUGUUCAGUGCAGCACUCCGCGCCAUGGAUUCUUCACAGCCUCAAAGCGGUUUCCGAUCACGCCGCUCAUAUCCGGCCUUGCAUCAUGUGUCUCUAUCUCCUCUGAAUCCUCGAUUCCCCAUCGACGAUGACACUGAUGCUCCAGACUACUUCUCUGCCCGCCACGAAACCCCGAACACCCCUAGCGCAACAAGGACCUCUUAUCUGUCUAGCUUCUCAGUCCCGGGAACCCCAGGUGUGUUAUCCCACUCACACUCCCGUAGCGGGUCCCGCGUUCGACACAAUACCCGAAGCAAGAGCUCCACUCGCAUCCAUUCCAGCGACACCAACCUACAAUCCCAGGGCGUUGCCAAUGCCCUCCACCACCACAAUGAAUCUCAACGAAGCAGAACCCCUCGCCGUCACCCAACCGAUUCCACCCCUCACCACCACCAAGACACAGAAUGGAUGCUCCGAGCCGGCAUUGCCCUCGCAUCCUCGACCCGCGAAGAAAAAGGCCAAAGCUGGCUCGUGAAACGGCAGAGUUCAACCAGCCUUGUCUCCGACGGCCACCAACUUGAUCCAGAUAGCCAACAACAAUGGUCAUCCAGGAGCACUCGGCAUUCUCGAUCCGGCCUCUCCACCCCAGCCGCCUACUCUCGUCGAGCCUCCCGCUCUCGGCCAACCAGUCGCAGAUCCAGCAGACCCGAUCUCGCCAUGACCAGCCUCGACAUAACGCGGGCAAGCACAAGACGAGACAUGACCACCACUACCAGCGGCAUCCACACCCCUCUCGAGACAGACCAAACCCGUCAUCUGCUCCCCGAUUUCGUGGACGAACGCAUCCGCGACGAGAUGGCCAACAUCCAGCACGACGAAGACGAAGAUACCUUCAGCACCACCUCAACCACCGAUUCCAUGCUCGCCUCCGAAGACGAAAUCGACGAACAAGAACUCCAGCGUCUCACCCGAGAACAAGGCUUCGGCCUCGGCAGCUGGAUCGACCGAAUGGUCGAAUGGACCCUUUUCGGCGUCGACGACUGGCCACUCUCCGCACCACCACCCCCAAUCGAACACCCCAAUCAUAACCAACUCCUCCCACAAGAACACGAACAUGACCACCCCACCGAAGAAACAGACACCAUAUCCAUCGCAGACUCCGACAUCGGCUCGGUUAGCGAAAAACCAGGAGAGCGUGGCGGAUGGGAAGAUGCAGGAUGGUUAUUCCGUAUCGUGAGACGAGCAUUAUCAUGACAAGCCCCCCUCCCUUUCACCUCUUUCAUCCCCUCUCCAUAAUAAAAUAGGAUAGGACAGGAUAGUUAGGAUACACUCCACCCUAAGAAAUACACCACACAUACCCACUCCGUA